GUCUAGCGUGUAAACCAUAGACGGUAAACCCGUAAUAAUUUUCGUUAUCAUGGAAGCUGUUGUUGGAGAGAUUGUUUCCCCAGAGGAUCUGGAGAAAUUUGGAAAGAAAUACAAGGCAGAGUUAGCAAAGGGUUCUGUGUCUAAAGACACGCAGUUCGAGUAUGCGUGGUGUCUGAUCAGGAGCAAACACCCGGAGGACAUCAAGAAGGGAAUAGUGUUGCUCGAUGAACUUAUCCAUAAGGGUACCAAGGAUGACCAGCGGGAUUAUCUGUUUUACCUGGCUGUGGCCAAUUAUAAAAUCAAGGAAUAUGAGAGAGCUCUGAAAUACAUCAAGACAUUACUGAGGAAUGAACCAGGAAAUUCUCAAGCUGAAGAACUGGAGAAACUCAUUGAUAAAGCCAUGAAGAAAGAUGGGCUGGCUGGAAUGGCAAUUGUUGGUGGCAUUGGCUUGGGUUUGGCUGGAUUGGUGGGACUCAUUGGUUUAGCUGUGGCUAAGAAAUCUGCAUAAGAGGAUAAGACAAGACAAAUCAUAAUGCCUUGCAAAUGAAAAAAGUAUUAACCCAUCUUUUGGGGUUGGAUUCAUCAU